AUGGAAAAAAUUAGGUAUUUGUGGAUGAAAUGUGGCAUCAUGGAUGAAGAUCAAGGAUUCAUUACUUCUAUCAUUGGUCUCUUCAAAUAUAGAGAGAACUGCAUCCUCUGCUUCAUGAAAGCCAAUAAUCUUGAUUUUGGUGAAAAGUGUCUUACAAUUAUUUACACUUCAGUGCAUUUAGAGUGUGCUGUUUCCUUGAAGGGAGGGAAUCCUGUGGAGGAUCUGCUUCAUUGAAGCACCUGAGAACAUGGUUGAACAUUUGAUGCAGUUUGAAUGGAUCCUAUCAGAGCACUUGAGCUGAUACUGCACCAACACAGAAUGAACUUGAAGUACAGAAAAUAGAAACAAGUAUAUGAUAAAGAUCUAACCAAAUGUCUCUGUCAAAUUCAUGAAGUUGACUACAGAAAAGAAGAAACACAGCAGACUGUCCCUGCUGGUCAGAGUAUUACGAUCUAAGAUGUGAAAAUUAAUGGUGGUUACAUUUAGAUACAAUGAGUCUGAUCACACAGAGAAGAAGAGAAUCCAUCACUAAAAAAUCAUAUGUGGAGUCUAAAGAAGAUCUAAAUGAAUUUUCUAACCAUGAUAUUAGUUCAGGUUCAGAAACAUUCAGUGACUUGGAAGAUGAGCUCAGCAGCUAAACAGAAAAAUGAACGAUGCAUACUCUUUGCCGGAGUAUUUGAUGCCUGGAAAACAGCAGAUCGCAACACUCGAAGUGAAAGUGCGUUUCGCUUUAUAAUUCGAACUCGAAGGCUGCCCAGAGGAUGUAAUAAAAUCCAUAAAACAGACAGGGUAGUGUGUGCAAAUAUUAGUUCUCACAGUGGAUAACGAAAUAUUUGUGGUAAGGAAUUGACUUCCAAUAAGAAAUGUUCAAGAAAUUGAAAAGUGGAUAUUUGAAGUUUGUUUUUCAGAAAGAAAGGACCAAUACUCGCAUUUAUUUGUAACAUGUAAUGACAACUAAACCAAAAAAUAUUAAAAGGUAGUAUUAAAUGUGUACCUGCUCUAUUUAAAUUCUGUAUGUGCGAGAGAGGGGGGAGGGACUUUUUUUCCCUUCAGAUUCUAUGAUAUAAUCAUGGAUAAAAAGGUAAUGAAUAUCCGAAAAUAUUUAUCAGUGAAAAAUAUGUAAACAUAUAUAUUUUAUAUGUUCCAAAUAUGACGCGAGUUAAAGAAGUAGCCCCUGAGAAAUUUAGUUUUAGUCGUCUAGAUGACCGAAGUUGCGCUCUGUGCGCCGUUGUGGAUAGCGCAUGGGCGAGAGUCUACAGCGCCAAUUCGCAGAUCAGAAAAUACUACACAUCAGUUUUCAAUAUUUUGUUCGUAAUCUUGCAGAUUCAAUUAAAAGUUGAUGAAAACAUAUUUCCAUUUGUUGUAACAACUUGUAAUAACUUUGAAUUCUUUACAUUUCAAAAUAAAUUUUUAUAUAAUGUUUUAGUAUAAGAACAAAAAAGAUGUAUUUCAACAAAUGUUAUAAAAUGUAAACAAAAUCAAUGUUACAAACUACUCAAAUACCCUCUGCCCCUAUGUAACGCUGCCUCAAACUCCCCUCUCUGUUUAGCGUUACGUAAUUUAUGGACUAUUCUCAGCGGCUAAACCGUGAAGCCGAUUU